UGUACAAAAAGGGCAUUAAUUGCAUUCUCGCCGAUGAGAUGGGCUUAGGAAAGACUAUUCAAGUGAUUGCGUUCUUCGCGUAUUUACGAGAAAGGAAAGCCGUAAGGGGUCCGCAUCUGGUGAUCGUCCCGGCCUCGACUCUGGAGAACUGGAGCCGUGAGUUUCAGACGUGGUGUCCGGACAUCAACAUAUUGCUGUAUUAUGGCCAUCAGGAUGAGAGGGCUAUGAUUAGGGAGCAGAUCUCCAAAAACGAGAUCGAUUUCGAUGUAAUCAUCACUUCAUAUACUAUAGCGCAAAGUCCGGGAGAUAGGUCUCUGUUCAAGAAGAGUCGCUUCAAGUACUGUGUCUUCGAUGAGGCCCACUAUCUCAAGAACAUUAAGAGCACCCGAUAUACGGCACUCAUGAACCUUAAAGCCAAACAUCGAUUACUACUGACGGGAACUCCACUUCAGAACAAUUUGGUAGAACUCAUGUCUCUAUUGAUCUUCACGAUGCCUCACAUGUUCUCCGGCAAAACGGACCAAAUUAAGACUUUGUUCACUUAUACCAAUAAAGAGUCCACUCAUCGCAUCACUUAUAUCAGCGAACGCAUAGAACAGGCGAAGAAGAUUAUGAAACCAUUUGUGUUAAGACGGCUUAAGAGUGAAGUGUUGCAAGAGUUGCCCCCAAAGAUAGACAACGUCCUGAACGUACCGAUGAGUUCGGAGCAAGAACUCAAAUAUGCGGAUCUCAUUGAGAACUAUACGCGAGAAAUAAAGUAUAAGAAAAUCACUUUUGAAGACAAUGAGAGCGAAGAGAAGUUCAAGAGUGGGAACUCAAUGCUUAUGGAUUUGCGGAAAGUGGCCAACCAUCCCUUACUCAUCCGUCAGCACUACGACGACAACAAACUGAGACUAAUGUCCCAACAGAUGCUUUCGGAGCACAGGGCUAAAGGGCACAGGGAGUCACUCCCGCAGUACAUAUUCGAAGACAUGCAAGUGAUGCACGACUUCGAGCUGCACCGCCUCUGCAAACAAUACACGUCUUUACGUCACUUUGAGUUAGAGGACAGUUAUAUCGAGGAUUCGGGCAAAUUCCAGGAGUUGGACAGUUUGCUCACCAGAUAUCGGUUGGAAGGCAAACGAGUCCUACUGUUCAGUCAGUUCACAAUGAUGUUAGACAUCAUCGAGGAGUUUAUGAAACUCAGAUUUUAUCACUAUUUACGACUCGACGGCACCACCAAAGUGGCCGAUAGGCUCGACCUCAUCGACCAAUACAACAACGAUUCCGAGCUCUUUGUGUUCCUACUGUCGACUCGCGCGGGCGGUCUGGGCAUCAAUCUGACGGCUGCCAGUGUUGUCAUCAUUCACGACAUUGACUUCAACCCGUAUAAUGACAAACAGGCGGAGGACAGGUGUCACCGAAUCGGACAGACGAAGGAAGUCAUUGUCUAUCGACUGAUCAGUCAGAACACCAUCGAGGAAGGGAUGCUUAAGAUUGCGGAGGAAAAGCUCAAACUCGGCAGAGAUAUAUCAGCGCCUGAUCAGGGAGCGAACGAUGAAAAAGAGGAAUUGAUGGAGAAGUCGGACGUUAAGACACUUCUAAGAGCUGCUCUAAAGUUAUGAUGAGUUACCGGUAUUACCGUAAUAGCAUAGAUAAUUACAAAU